AUGAAGCCAGGCAGAAGAAAGUUUGAAGAGGGAGGGGUUGAUCAGAAAAAUCAGAUGCAACAGAUAGCAAGCAAAAUGAAGACAACAAAAGAGGAGAAUGGUCACAGCUUUCUCGUUGUGAAUGAACAAAACUUUGCCAAAAACAUACUUCCAAAAUACUUCAAACAUAACAAUAUAUCCAGCUUCAUACGGCAGCUCAACCUGUAUGGUUUCCGAAAGGUGCUUGCAAUGGAAAAUGGAAAGGUUUUACAAAGGAAGACAUUAACUAUGGAAUUUCAACAUCCAUUCUUCAAAAAGGGAGGAUCCAGCCUUCUAGAAAACAUCAAGCGCAAGGUGCCAACAAUGAAAAUUGAGAAUGUCAAAACUUACCCUCGUGAGUUGCAGAGAAUAAUGAGUGAAGUGCGGGAUAUGACAGACAAGCAGAGUAACAUGGAUGCCAAAUUUGCAGAACUGAAAAAGAAAUAUGCAACACUUUGGCUUGAAGUGACAGAGCUAAGACAGAAUUACUGCAAGCAACAGCAACUUUUAACACAGAUUCUUCAGUUUAUGUUGAAUUUGAUAGGUGAAAACUACAUGGUAAACACAGAUAGAAAAAGGUCAUUUCCACUUAAAUCUGGGGCUUCAGCUUCCAAAUGUGCUCAUCAAUAUUUCCAUAUUCCAGAGGAGAAGAAGAAAGAAGCUAUGCAGAUAUUACAAAAUGGUUAUACACUUAUUGAAGAAAAAUAUAAAAAUCUCCUUGAUAGUAUCAUACCUACUUUGAAAGAUGAAUCUAAAACCUUAGUUUCAUGUAUGGACCAGGCAAUUGGAGAUGAUGGAGAGGAUCUUAAAAUGUCUAUUCAGGAUAUACCUAUGAAUGAAAAUUCAUCGGAUGUUGAUAUGUAUUCAUCUAUACCCGAUUUUCAAGAACUAAUGACUGAAGACUAUUUAGGAGAGGAAACUGACAAUAUUUCUUUGGAGUUUAUGUCUUCUCCUUCUGAGGAUAAUUAUUCAAUCUUUACUGAAGACAAAUCAGACAGUCAAUUUAAUACUAUAAUGAAUAGGGAUGAAAUGUAUAUGCAGGGUAUUGAAGGAAACCUGGUGGAGAUUAAGUCCUUGCAAUCUAGGAAGAAAGUGAACUGUGAUGCUGGUCAUGUCAGUGAGACUCUUGAUUUAAUGAAUAGUGAAGAAGGAGAGAGGAAUCUACUUGAAGCCAAUGGAAGACAAGACCAGCAAGUGGUAGAAUACAAGAAAUAUGCCCUGCUUUCCCUGUUAGAGGAGGUGCCAAAAAAUGAUUUUGGAGAAAGACUUCAAGAUUCUAAUGACCUUCUUUUGGAUGAUCUGAAGAAUCCAUCGUUGGUCUUACCAGAUUUCAAUGACCAUGAUUGUAUAGCCCUGAAUGUUUCAUCUCCAGGAAAUGUAAAUACUAUUGAAAACUCUGCACCCCACUUAUAUGUGGAAACAAAUGGAGAAUCUAUGCUGUUCCCUUUGGUUUUUCUCAGCCCUGUUACCAAUUUUGAUGAUGAGUCCAACAAACUUGUGUCUUCUACUUGA